UGACCAAAAGAAAUAUUUGUGUACGACAAUCCAAAUAAAAUUAAAAAUGUAUGUCGGUCACUAAAAUAUGUCGUUGGGUUCCCCAUGUGGUGAAGAAUUAUAGCAUUAUAUAUAAAUGAGACUUCAUUAAGUUUCCACAUAUAAUUUACACAUAUUUUAUUUCACCAUAAGAACAACAUGCCUCCAAAACCAAAACCAGGUGCUCCAAGUAAAAAAACUGAGCAAAAAAAGAAGGAAAAGGUUAUAGAGGACAAAACAUUCGGACUGAAAAAUAAGAAAGGCUCUAAGCAGCAAAAAUUCAUUCAACAAGUUGAAAAGCAAGUCAAAACUGGAGGACAUCAUCCCACAAAGGAAGAUCUUAAAAAACUAGAAAAAGAGAAGAAACUGAAGGAACAGAAAGAACUUACUGCCCUUUUUAGACCUGUGCAAACUCAAAAAAUUGAAAAAGGUGCUGAUCCAAAGUCAGUGGUAUGUGCAUUCUUCAAACAGGGUCAAUGUGGAAAAGGUACUAAGUGCAAGUUCUCCCAUGAUCUAACAGUGGAGAGGAAAGCUGAGAAAAGGUCCAUGUAUGUUGAUAUGCGUGAUGGAGAAGAAGAAACUAUGGAAAAUUGGGAUGAAGAGAAACUUAAAGAGGUCAUUGACAAGAAACAUGGCUCAGGAAAAAUGCCCACAACAGAUAUUAUAUGCAAGCAUUUUCUUGAAGCAGUGGAGAAAUCAAAAUAUGGAUGGUUCUGGACAUGUCCCACUGGUGAAAGCUGCAUAUACCGUCACGCCCUACCAUCUGGAUUCGUGCUCAAAAAGGACAAAAAGAAACUGGAGGACAAGGCCAAUGAAAUCACUCUGGACGAUUUGAUAGAAAAAGAAAGAGCAGCUUUAGGGCCGACCCAAACUAAGGUCACCCUAGAAACCUUCCUGGCUUGGAAGAAGAGGAAAAUUCAAGAGAAGAAAGACCAAUUCAAGAAAGAUGAGGACAAGAAACGUAACGAUUACAAGGCCGGUAGGCAAGUCGGUCUUUCUGGUAGGGAAAUGUUCAGUUUCAAUCCAGAACUUGCCAAUGAUAAUGACAUGGAGGAUGGGGAUGAGUUGUUUGAUUCUACUGUUUAUGCUCCUGAAGAGGACACUGAAGUUUAUAAGGAAAUCAAUCUUGAUAUUAUUGGAGAAAGUGCACAAGAAGUUGAUAACACUGGUACACAAGCUACAGAAGACAGGUUUAAAGCUGCAGAUGCUGAUGAAAAUGCAUCAUCAAGUGGAACAACCUCUAAUGCUACUGCAGUACCCAUUAAUGAGAACCUUUUCCUAGAAGAAGACCUAGAUGGACUUGAUGAUGAGCUGAAUGAUUUGGAUCUAGAGGAAUAAUACUAGGGUUGUAUCAUAAAUUUGACCCUAUCGGAUUUUUAGCAUAAUAUUAUCAUUAAAGUUUAAUUGAAAACUGUAAAUAGACAACAUCUCAAAGUUUAUUUGUUUCUUUUUAUUAUUUAUUAUGGAUAAUAUACAUUUGGCUUUAAUCUUAAAAGUAACUGUAGGUAUAAAAAAUAUAUAUUUCAACUUU